GCAUCUCAUUGAUUGAAGACUCUUAACGGGCCAUUUCCAUUUCAUGCUUUAAUCUCUAAUCUCUGCUAGCACUGGAGAUCCUGAGGCAAUCAAGGCUUAAAAGUAAGCAAGUGGACAUCUGUUCUCUUUGCUGUUUUCUAUUUUACCUACUGAUCCAUUAGCUUCAUUAUUGUUCUCUAGAACAUCCUCGAACACCAUAAAUCAUGGCGGAAAUGGCCAUGUAUCAUUCCCUGGGUCAGGAUACUGACGAUCCGAGUGCCAAUCCUCCUCCUCCGGCGGGACCUCAACAGCAGUACCUACCUCCAGCAGCUCCUCCGCCCACUGGUUACCAGCAACCUGGCCCGGCCCCCUAUCAGCAGCAACAGCCGGCAACUUACGGGCAGGUAUCACUGCCUCCAGACCCUUCUUCGUACCGGGCGUCGACUCCUUAUGGCCAAGCUGCUCCCCCGCCCUCAUUAUCCCCUUACCAGCAGCAAGGUCCCUACGGGCCGCCAACACAGCAGCCAGGUCUGUAUGGGCCUCCUGGAGGUGACGUCAGAGGUUUGGCACAAUCGAUAUCCGGCAUGGACCUUGCAGGCGGUGUUGGGACUACACCGGGAACGAUAUCCAAGGCUUCGAGGAAGAAAGCAAGGGCCUACCAUAAUCUUGAUCAAAGCUCUGAGCCAUCGAACGGGCCCAAUCUACCGGCAUUUACCCCUAAUGUUGCUAACCAAAUGCCCUCUUCGUUCCUUGGACAGCAGCAAGCUAUGUCCCCGGGGCAAGGAAAUUCUCAGUUUCCUGCUCCGGCAAACCCUACCUUUGUUCCUGCAGCUCCUGCAGCUCCUGCGGCCUUUGCUGCUCGAUCAGGCUCCUCGAAUGUCGGGCAGGCUGGUGGGAAAGUGAAUCCGAGUGAUAUUCCUUCAAUUCCUGGACAUCGUGAUCAUUACAUAGCGCAGUACAGAGCAACCAUGUACCCAACACUCGCCCGACACCAGCCCCCACAUGCAACCUCCGACUAUAUUGCCCAUGACCAAGGCAAUGCGUCUCCACGAUUAUGUAGGCUUACUCUGAACUCCAUACCCGCGACAGCUGAUUUAUUGGCCUCCACGUCCUUGCCGCUGGCAUUACUGAUACAACCACUGGCUAAGCUAAAAGAUGAAGAGGAGCCAAUCCCUGUUCUGGACUUUGGAGAGAUGGGACCGCCAAGAUGUCGGCGCUGCCGAACGUACAUCAACCCUUUCAUGACGUUCUUACAAGGUGGUGGCAGAUUCCGCUGUAAUAUGUGCCUCUUUCCUAAUAAUGAGGUUCCGUCGGAGUAUUAUGCCCCUGUGGAUAUGUCUGGCGCUCGGGUUGAUAGAAACCAACGGCCAGAACUCAUGAGAGGCACGGUUGAAUUUGUGGUUCCAAAGGAGUAUUGGGCGAAGAAAGAUGGGGAGGGUGCUGGCGGAGAGGAAGGAAAGGGCGGAUCUCCAAUGAGGUGGAUUUUCUUGGUGGAUGUCAGUGAGAAUGCCAUCAACAGGGGGGUGCUGGAAAGUGUCGUUGGGGGUAUUAGAGAAGCGCUCUAUGGUGGCAGUGCAUAUGAAAAUGCACCAGAGGGCCACGAAUCCGAGGACGGGAAGGAAGGCAAGAGAAGGCGGCUACCCAAGGGCUGCAAAAUAGGUAUCUGUACAUUUGAUAAGGAUGUGCAAUUCUACAAUCUGAAUGUGAGUUUAUCCGCUCGCGCCUGUGGCCUGUGUUUAUGAAUUUGCGAUGCGAGUGCUAACCCAUGAUUCAGCCGAACUUGGAUCAGGCUCAAAUGAUGGUAAUGCCUGAUAUAGAAGACCCGUUUGUCCCUCUUAGCGAGGGCUUAUUCGUAGACCCAUAUGAGUCGCGGUACGUUUCCGUGCUGGCGGCACUUUUUUUGCCACAAAAAUUGCUGAUCAUUGCUUGAAGUGCUAUCAUUGAAUCCUUGUUGGAGUCGUUGCCAACCCUUUUCAUGCAUAUUAAAAAUGCUGAGCCAGCACUCUUGCCAGCGCUGUCCACUGCCCUCUCCGCUCUCCAGGAUACCGGGGGGAAGAUUAUAUGCUCGCUUUCCACAUUGCCGACCUGGGGACCGCAUCGUCUCUUCAUGCGCGAUGACCCAAAGCUAUACCAUAGUGAGAAGGAAAAGGUUCUCUUUCAGACCGAACAUCAGGCUUGGCGGAAAGUCUCUGGGAGGCUGGUUGAAGCAGGCGUGGGUGUGGAUUUCUUCAUGACCCCAAGUGCCUACAUAGACGUUGCUACUGUUGGACACAUUGCAUCAACUACUGGAGGAGAAAUAUUCUUCUAUCCUAACUUCGUUGCGGAGAGGGAUGCUCAUAAACUCCGCUCCGAACUCUCCCACAGCUUUCACAGGGAGACGGGGUAUCAAUCACUCAUGAAAGUUCGAUGUUCCAAUGGCCUGCAAGUGUCUACAUAUCAUGGAAACUUCCUCCAACGCAGCCAUGCCGGCGACGUUGAGUUUGGCGCCAUCGAUGCCGACAAGUGUGUCUCGGUAAUGUUUUCUUACGAUGGAAAGCUUGAUUCCAAAAUCGAUGCACAUUUCCAAAGUGCUCUACUAUAUACGACAAGGCAGGGCGAGAGGAGAGUUAGAUGCAGUAACAUAGUCGCUGGGGUGACCGAGAACACUCGUGAUGCCAUAAAGAUGGCAGAUCAAGACGCUGUAUUAGGAGUGUUAGCCAGAGAAGGUGUGUUACCGCGCAUGUUUGGAUAAGAUAGUUUCCGCCCGAUGAGCUGCUAAUAUUGUUUUCAACAGCGGCGAGCCGAAUGAUUGAAAAGCCGCUGAAAGAGAUUAGAGGAGCUCUCACUGAGAAAUGUGUUGAGAUUCUGGCAGCUUACAGAAAAACCUCGGGCGGGAGUCCACCAGGCCAACUCGUGUUGCCAGAGACUUUGAAGGAAUUUGCGAUGUAUGUCCUAGCUCUCUUGAAGACAAGGGCUUUCAGAGGAGGGAGUGUGGCGAGUGAUAUGAGAGUUCACUCGAUGAGGUUGUUGAAGAGUAUGGGGCCAGCAGAAUUGCAGCUUUACCUCUAUCCUAGAAUCCUCCCAGUUCAUAGCAUGACUGAAGAAGUUUGUUAACCUAGACCCUUCAUUUAUUUAAACCUUCUAAUUUGCGAUUAGGAUGGAUUUCUAGAUUCCACUGGACAUCUUAAGAUUCCCGUGGCUCUUCGUGCCUCGUUCGGAUUCAUUGAAGAGGGAGGCGCAUACCUUAUCGACAAUGGCCAAUUACUCCUUCUUUGGCUUCACACACAUGUCUCCCCCAAUCUCCUUCAGGAUCUUUUCGGCCCUGAAGUCAACUCCCUUUCAGACCUCGAUCCCAACAUGUAUGAGUUGCCAGUUCUUGAGACUCAUCUCAAUGCUCAGGUUAGAAACGUGAUUCAGUAUUUGAAGACCCAGAGAGGUAGUAAGGCAGUUUCUAUACAACUUGCACGACAGGGAUUUGAUGGCGCAGAAUACGAGUUUGCCUCUUCCUUGGUUGAAGACAGGAACAAUGAAGAGAGAAGCUACGUGGACUGGCUGGUCCAUGUGCAUAAAUUUGUCCAACUUGAGGUAACCGAUGCCCAUGGAUUUCACAGAAAUCAUGUGUUCUGACCCAAGUCUUUGAUACCACAGGUCACGGGACAGAGGAAGCGGGACGAGGGUGAUGUUGGUAUGGCUGGCAUGACUGGGAUGAGGCCGCCAUACUGGUAGAGGGAGAAGAGAAUUAGAAUAGUAGUGGUUUGCUUUUGCAAUCGCCAGUUUGCUCCUUUGUUUCCGAGUACGCAAUUUAUUAGCCUUUUCCUAUGUGCAUUAAUACGGAUGUAUAUACUCUAUCAUGGUACCGGACAGGCAUCGCGGUUUGCAGCGUUUUUUUCGUUUCGCAGUAUACCUGUGUGGCAAAAAAUAAAUAAACUUGACUCAAUGAUCUAGCUAUAG